AUAGCUCUGACGGGGCUUUGGCGCGAGCGGUGCCCAUCUCGAGUGGCACAGCCUGUCGCUCCGAGCGACCAAUCUGAUCGAGUCUUCGCUGCAACGUCCAUCUAGCGCAUUGCUACUGGUGGCGAACGGCAAAAGAACCAAGGGCAACAGACGAAUGGGGAAACAGGAGCGACAAAUGACGAACGGGCGGACGGGCGAACGGGGUCAACACGAUCAAUUAUACUCUUUCCCUUACCCACAUUCCGAUGACUCAUCCCGCGCUACCAGACGAGACAGAAUGAGGAUUUUGCCUCAGGGGAAAGAAAGGGGGAAUAGGGUGGCGAAGCUGGGCGCACGCCACGCGGAGUUUCGAUGUGCACGGUGGGCAGGCACAAAGACCGCUAGCCUGGGCUGGCUACGGAUCGCGCUGAACCCUCGCCACUCGCUGCCCGCGUGGGUGGCCAAAUGUGGCCGGCGUUGUAUGCGGCACAAAUGCCCGUGUGUUGGUCGCCUCUUCCAUGCAAAAAGAAUCCGCGUUCGCCACAAUCAGGGGGGUCUUGUUGAAAAGCAGUCCGCGUCAAUGCGAAUGGACCACCCGCACCCUGUUCCCAUCUUUGGUCUGUUCUUCCACACCCGGCUUUUUUUUCCCCUUGUGGGCAUCGACUUUCUCGAGAUUGAGCUUUUCCUCUUCUCUCUACCUCGCCGCAUGAAGCGCGCUGCUGCCGUGUCAGCUGGCCUGAACACAGAGAGCGAUUUUCGUCAAUGCAUUACGGCCUCAUUCUCGCCUCCUGACACCUUUCGAGGCUGCGCAAUCUCGUCCACCAAGAAGCGAAUGAAGGCAAUGCUUUUUCAUGCACGACGUUCCACACCGCUCCUUCCGACUUUGCUUUUGCAUUUCUUCAUCCUACUCGUAACUCUCUCAGACGGUGUGCAGGGAAAUAGCGUGUACAAACGAGAGGUGGCAAACUACGAAGCAACGCUCAAUAGGCUGCUAGCGCAUCCCAAUGGUGUUACUUACCCACACCCAUUACCUCUGGGCAAGGAGCCGGACACUCGGGAACCGUGGAUAGGCAGAUAUCGACACUACUGGCAACAGGAUGGGCCUCAUUUGAGGGAGGCAGUUAGUCACUGCCGCGCAACAGCCUGCCCGAAUGUUGCCAAAGUCAGACCCCGUGGAACUUACGUUACAUCACCACACUACCGCUGGAAAGACCAGCACGGCAAGGUGCAGCAAAGCGCUUUUGUUCGAGCUGUUCUGAUGGACAGUGACACCAAAGUGAUCAUGCCUCCUCGAGAGCACGCUGAUGUGAACUUUCCGCACAAUUGGCGCGUUCAGCUCGCCCCUGGUCGGACGUAUCGGACAAUGGCGGGAAAGAUCUACAAAGGCCCGCCCGAGGGUCAUCCGCUGCGGACAAGUCCACCAAACCAUGAGCGCGGGGAGCCCAGACGAAUCGAGCACGAAGUUCUGCUUGCCAAAUCGAAGCUUUUGCCUUCAAUCAGAAGGGGACCCCGUCAUAAUGGCUGGAGCUCUUUGCAAAAUCAUGGGGUGGCUGAUGGUGCUGAACUAUCAAAUGGGCUCGCAGGCGCUCGCAGCGCAUCUGUCGCCUCCAAGCCUGGUGAUGUCCGCCCCUCGACUUGGACUUCUGCGGAGGACCUGCUCCAUGCUGACAGCAAGGCAGACACCGCUCCGAGCCGCAAAACGCAUUACAAGACCGCAGUGUACCUGCCCACGGGCGAAUGGCGAGAGCUUUCCAAAGAGCAGCUGUUGAACAUGCGCCCUCGUACGUUGCCAGGUGAACCAAAGCAUCAACUCUUUGUCCCAGUCUCACACGAAGAGGUCCUGCGGAAUCUCCCAAGGUACGAUGUGCAGCGUCAGCCACAGGUGCACCCUGAUCAUCUCAAGAACUCUACGCCGACUUCGCACGGGGCUGCUGUGCUGCAAACUUACGAUAUCGAUAGACAGCAAGGAACUUUGAUGCGGAUGCCGGAGGAUGGAGCCCGCAACUCAAGCAUGGGCAAAGGUGGCGGCGCGUCCCUUUCUCGUCGGGGUCUUGCUGGCGCGAAUUGCGUUCCGGCCAAGGUCGAACAACCCUUGGAAGUGCUAGACGCGACGGUCCACCGUGCCCCAAGGUCUCCUGCAUUGUCGCAUGACGCGGCCGAGGAACGUGCUUCUACCUCUGCAUCUUCCAGAGCCCGGCGCCCCAACGAGAUUACACCGUUUGUCAAGCAUGACACCAAGAGGCCGUUGCUCUACAAGCACGCGCUGGAUCAAGCUGUGGAUUACGCUUGCAAAAGUGGCAAGUGUCCUGGCGCGCACCACUUUGGGUCAUUGGACGCUUUCGCCACCUCGAAACAGUAUCAUUGGAAUGACGAAACGGGGGGCACGAAGAAGAGCGGCUUCUUUCGUGUAAAAGCCAUAGGUACCAAAGGGCGACGGCUGAUGCCGAGCGAGAAGGAUGCAGAUCCAGUCCACAAACACAAUUUCCGCCUACAGCUUGCACCUGGUCAGAAGUUUCAAUACGGCAACGAGAAAUUCGAGGGUGCGCCAGAGGAUCAUGAGAUGCGACAUCGACUGCCUUCCAACGACUGGUCAGAGUUGCACCUGGUGGGCAGAAGACCUGACCGAAGCAUGCCGAAACAACCCCGACGGGUAGAGACUGAGUCCGCUCAGGCUUUCUCUGAACAAGAGCUCUUGCGCAAAAUUUCGAAGCAUAUGCACGCUUGGAACAGGGAGGCUCGCGAUCGGGAUGCUAUCGAGCUGACUCCUGGGAUAGAAGGAACGGUGAAAGGUCCAGCGCGAUUCUACGAGUAUCAGAACCACAAGCUUCGAAGGGGCAAGCCGAUGCCGACGAUUUCACUGACGCCACAUGUCACCGAUCUGAGUGCGGAAGAUCUCGCAGCGGCGAUGCGGGCAAGGGCCGCAAAGAAAGCUCGUAAAGACGCUGCGCAGAGAGCUGAGCAGCAAGGCACCUCGAUCACGACUCACGAGAGUCUCGAUACCGCUGAAAAGCCGCUCAACCAGAGAUUGCUGCGCGCAGCCAAUGCUCCGGCAUAUCAUCCACUACGGGCAUUGUAUGGCAGCGACCUCGAACAUGCUGGACAAGGAUUCAGACGCUUGUCGUUGUCAGCUCCGCAGGAACCACACAGUCCCAAAUUCAACCCGGUGCCCUACUCGCCCAUCGCCAACGCCCCGCCCAACGCCAAGACAAACAAGCGCACGGAAUUUGCUUCUCCUGCGACUCUCGCGAAAAGAGUAUUUCAUGGAGGCAUCUGCACGAGCAGCGAAUGCUUGCUGGAGCGCACCCUAAAGCCAGCUCGAAAGCUCGUCUUUGCCAAGGAAGGACCCAUCGCGCCUUCGUAUAAUCUGAUGAGGAAGACCGUUCUGCCUCCGCGUACCACUUGGAAGCACAGGCUUCAGCGCCGUGGAACCCCGAUGACGACCAUCGAGUGGAGCAAGUCGACGAAAUAUGAGCCUUUGACUCAGAGUACCAUUCAGAAGAGUGUCAACUACUGCCAAAAACACGUGUGUCGGGACCUGAAGCGAUUCAAGGUGCGCUUGCGACGGCUGCUGUGCGUGAGCGCGGCUAGACGCUCAACAGUCGACGGAUCUGCCUUUUUGCACCUAGCCUGAAGGACCGAUUCAGAAAGUCGCGGAACCUUACGCUGUGCAUGGUGGCAACACGGUCAUUGACACUGGCGUGGUACACGGAUACGGUUUCGAUGAGCACAAUCGGCCGCUGCCUACGGGACGUCUGCGUCGAGACGGAACCACCGAUUAUCGCAUGGCCAUCCUGAUGUCUCCCAAUACGCUACAUCAGGACGACUUUGGAAAUACACUGAUGGGCUUAG